AUGGCGACAGCACCGGCCCCCGCAGGUGGACCUAGUCCGAACGAGCAGCCCAAACCCCUGGCCACACCAGUCGACUUUGCAUUUCCUUUUGAACCAUACAGCAUCCAGCGCGACUUUAUGCACCGCCUAUACGAGACCAUUGAGCAAGGCGGGCUAGGUAUUUUUGAAAGCCCGACCGGCACCGGCAAAUCCCUUUCUCUGCUCUGUGGGGCCCUGCGCUGGCUCCGCGAUCAUGAGCAGCGCAUGCAUGACCAUUUACAAGAACAGCUUCAGUCGCCUGACCGCCGCCCUGAUACGGCCAAGGCUGGCCCCAGUACCAACUCAGGCCAACCGAGCUGGAUCACGACACAAGCGCAAAAGUCACGGCGCCUCGAGGCUUUGCAGGACGAAAUUGAACGCCAGGAACGACUCCAGACCAAACAAUCACGCCUCGAGCGGUUACGCGCCAAAUCGGCUCAGCAGCGCCUUGAACGCUCUGCCAGUCGGGAGGCACCGCACACCUCCAGUGGUCGCAUUGAUCCCCUGGCAGGCUUGGACCAUCUGAGCAAGCCGGCUCUGCCUGUAGAGGUUGAUGAAUGCUGGCUGGGCGACUACGAGUCGGAGGACGAAGGCUUUGAUAGCCAAACUCAAGAUGAACAUUCGGACAAUGCCGAGGCACAUGCCACAAAGCUGGGCGACUUGAGCCGUAUUAAUGAGAAAUGCAUGGAUAUGCAAAAGGAUCAGCGUGAGGCCCGGCAGGACCCAGAUGCAGAUGAGGCCCCGAUGGACAAACGGGCCAAAGCCCCGGCACCUGGUUGUCCCAUGCUCGCAGCACCUAGCAUGAAGUCGCUGCCUGACCGUGCCCUGCUGCAACCUUUGGACGUGGAGGAACUGGCUGCCAUGGCGUCUCGCGAGAAGGCAUGCGCCUAUUAUGCCGCGCGAAAAGCCGUCGCCCCUGCUGAGCUGGUUGUUGUCCCCUACAACAUGCUCUUGCACAAGUCCACACGCCUAGCUUCAGGCUUGCAACUGACCAACAACGUGGUGAUCAUCGACGAGGCUCACAAUUUGAUGGACACCAUCGCCAACAUUCAUUCUGUCACCGUCACUGGUGAUAUCCUUUUGGGAGCACACCGCGAUUUACUAGAGUAUUGUCAACGAUACAAGGCCCGCCUUAAGGCGAAGAAUUUGAUGUAUGUCAAGCAGCUACUAUUCACGCUCAAGCGCUGGCUGAUGGCUGUCAAAAAGGCCGAUGGGCUCGAAUCCCAGACUGAUUCGGAGCGGCUGCAGCCUGUCAAUGAGUUUCUGUUUGCGACCGAGACGGAUCAUGUCAAUCUUUUCAAACUCUUGACAUUUUGCGAGCGCAGCGAGAUUAGUCGCAAGCUGCUUGGGUUUGCUGAACGACGCGCCCGCCAGGCUGGCCAAGUGUGUGGUAGCGAGACAGGCUCCAAGCAUUUAUCUCCGCUGCGUGUGGUGGAGACUCUCUUUCAGGCACUCUCAAACAGUAAUCGUGACGGUCGCGUCUUGGUGAAGCAGGCUCACUCGGGCUUGAAACAGUCCUUCAUUCGUUUUCUUUUGCUCAACCCUGCCGUCUACUUUGAGGAGAUUUUGCAGAGUGCUCGAGCUGUCAUUGUGGCUGGGGGAACCAUGUCUCCAGUGACCGACUUUGUCGAGCAGCUGACUACGCAAGCUACGAAAAGCGUGGCCGUGCAUCACUUUGCAUGUGGGCAUGUUGUGCCGUCAUCGCAUCUUUGUCCAAUCGUUCUGACACAGACCUCCAAUCGCCAGCCCUUGCGCCUGACCUUUAGCACCCGGCAGAGCGAAGCAAUGAUGCGAGAACUUGGUGAAAGUUUAAUACGAGUGGCUGCGACGGUCCCCGCAGGCCUGGUUGUGUUCUUUCCCUCUUAUGAGUACGAGCAGAAGCUUGUGGAGUUUUGGACACGCCAAGGUGUCCUGCGCAAGUUUGAGCGACACAAGCCGAUUUUUCGUGAGCCUCGAGCGGGCAAAGAUGUCGAUGUGGUUUUGCAGCAGUACGCGACGGCAAUUCAAAAGGGGGGAGCCGCCCUUUUCUCGGUAGUUGGUGGCAAGCUGUCCGAGGGCAUCAACUUUAAGGAUGACCUUGGCCGCUGCGUGGUCAUGGUAGGCAUGCCUUAUCCAAACUUGCACUCCAAGGAACUUCAAGAGAAAAUGGCAUUCUUGCGCAGUCAACCCGCAAGUGGUAGCGUUGACAAAGGCCAGGAAUACUACGAGAAUCUAUGUCUCAAGGCGGUGAAUCAGUCCAUCGGACGAGCCAUCCGCCAUCGCGGUGACUUUGCCGCGGUGAUCAUGCUGGAUGAGCGCUAUGCCACGCCGCGGGUUCGGAACAAAUUACCAGGCUGGAUGAUGUCAAAUCUCAAAGUUACUCCAACGGUCGCUCAGCUUGAGGAUCAUCUCAAGGAAUUUUUCAUUCGAAUGCAAGAGUAG